UCUGUAUUAGAGGAAGCAAAACGAAGUACGACAAAGAACGACUACUAUACCACAAUGUGCCAACACAACUCACCCGCCACGCUUGUUGUGGCCGCCAAGCCUCUCAAGAUCAAAAAGCCGGUACCUACGAAGCCAUGCAUCGAUAUCCCGUGCGGUCCGAACUGGUGCGGCUUUCAGAUCCCCCUUCCCACUCCAUUGUGUCAAGCUGACACAGUCGUAGUGACUGCGAGUUUUGCUGCAUUCCAUGUACCGUCAUGUGAGGGACGGCACCUUAGACUGAAUGGCGGAGGACUACAGGAAGUGAAUGCGGUUCAGCGGCACGAACUGAUUUUGGGUACACCAUGACAGCUGAUUGAGGUGUCUCGGAUCACGAAUCACGAUUGAUGCAUGUCUGCUGAAUUUCCCUUACCGUGCAGCGUUGUGCUACUGCUGGUCAUAGGCCGCAAACCCUACCUCAUGUACCUGUACUCGCGAGGAUUGAUGACUACCAGCGUGACACAUCAGCUCUGCGGAGAGAUCGUGGCGUCUCCCAUUUGACUUUGUUGC